GGAUUUUCGCCUCUACCAAGGUCCCCUUCCCUGCUGUGUUGCAGUUUUGUUGCAGUUGCGCCGCCGCCUGCUGCUACCCCUGAUGAGGCCCCUGUAAUUGGAGGAGGUGUUCUAGGCAGCCUAGAAGAGAGCAGCUGGCGUGUAGUGACCUGCUUCUUUACCGUCAUCUCCCGGAGCCCCUCCCACUGCCACCAUCAGAACAGGACCCCCACCAUGGAAGACCCAAUAGAGGACCCCCCCACAUCAGCUGUCUUGCUGGAUCAUUGUCAUUUCUCUCAGAUCAUCUUUAACAAUGUGGAGAAGUUCUAUGUGCCUGGAGGGGAUGUCACGUGCUAUUACACCCUCACCCAGCAUUUCAUUCCCCGUCGAAAGGAUUGGAUUGGCAUCUUUAGAGUGGGAUGGAAGACAACCCGUGAGUAUUACACCUUCAUGUGGGUUAAUUUGCCCACUGACCUAAAGAGCGAAUCCACCAAACAGCAGGAAGUACAAUUUAAAGCUUAUUACCUGCCCAAGGAUGAUGAGUAUUACCAGUUCUGUUAUGUGGAUCAGGAUGGUGUGGUCCGGGGAGCAAGUAUUCCGUUCCAGUUCCGCCCAGAAAACGAGGAGGACAUCCUGGUUGUUACCACUCAGGGCGAGGUGGAAGAGAUUGAGCAGCACAACAGUGAGCUUUGCAAAGAAAACCAGGAGCUGAAAGACAGCUGUGUCAGCCUCCAGAAGCAGAACUCAGACAUGCAGGCUGAGCUCCAAAAGAAGCAGGAGGAACUAGAAACCCUAAAGAGCAUCAACAAGAAGUUGGAACAGAAGGUGAAAGAGCAGGAGGACAGUUGGGAGGCAGAGCUGCUUCAACUGAGAGUACAAAACCAGAAGAUAUCCUCAGAAAAUGAGCAGAUGGAAUUCAAAGUGGAUCAGCUUCAGGCCCAGCUGUUAACUCAAGAGAAACAAAUGGAGAAGCUUGUUCAGGGAAAUCAAGAUAAGACACAGCAGUUGGAACAUCUGGAAAAAGAGAAUGACCAGCUCUUUCUCAGUUUAACUGAACAGAGGGAGUACCAGAGGACGCUGGAGCAGACAGUGGAAGAGUUGAAGCAGAAAGAAGCUACUGCAACGGAGAAACAGCAGGAGUUAACGGACCAGAACUUGGACCUGUCAAAAAGACUGAGUGAGAACAAGAUUAUAUGCAAUGUUCUGCAGAGAGAGAAAGAGAGGAUUGAAAGAGAAAAUGAUCUCUUGAAGAAGGAGAACGGCAGAUUGAUGAGUUACAUGGGUCUGGAUUUCGACUUUUUGCCAUAUCAAGUGCCUACUGCACAUCAAGGAGGCACAGGACAAAGCCCAGAACUCGUCUAUGGAAACCCAUAUUCUGGUAUCCAAGAAAGUUCUGCCCCCAGCCUGCGCUCCAUGAAGAAAUGCCCCACCUGCACAUCAGACUUUGCUGGUGACAUGUAUGAUCACACAUUGGAGGAGCAGCACCUCCAGACCCUUUAUCUGAAUUGUCCAAUUUGUGACAAGAGCUUCUCAGCAAAAGAAAAGCAAAUCUUUGAAGACCAUGUGUUCUGCCACACUCUAUAAGUGUCCUAGCCUCUUGGAUCUAUACUGUACAUAGAUUUUAUAUAGUAGGACCUAUAGCUUUCACUAUGAGUGUGACUCAAGAUCCUGCCUAACCUGAAAUUAUUAGGGGUGUAUUCAGUCCUGCUGCCCUAAAGAUAGAGAGAUUUUGAUUAUCUGAAGGAUCGUGUUAAGGGCUAUUAUACUUCUAUCCAUGUAGGUUACCAUCUUUUAAAGCACAGAACUCUCACUUACGGUGCCCAUUCUUCCAAGGGCCUUCAUUCAGUACAGGGGCCCCGGGGACAGAACUGGCUGUUCACAACAGGCCUGACUCAAUUACUAAGUGAUUAGUGUUCCAAGUUGUCCCACAGCCACUAAAGGCAGUGUAUUUGUACUCAGUCCUCACUCCUCACCCUGGGGCUGGAGAUUGACCAGAGGUUGAGAAUUUCUUCUUCUUCUUCCUCAGGUCUCUGUCUCCAACUAAUUGCAUUAGACUAGCCAAAAUAUGGCAUGGCAGAGAACUCAGGCAUCCAAUUUGGAUACCAAAGUUUUCUUUUCUUGAUUUCUCAUUUCCCAAUAGAAGCAACUUAUCCCGAAUCAUGGGCAUGAAAUGUUAUUUCAAUCACAGAAAGCCUUUCUCUCUGGAUACCUCUGAUUGGCAUUUUCUACUUUGAUGUUUCCUAUGCACAUAAUUUUUAUUGUUGUAAGUCCUUUCUUAAUGGUUGGUAGGCGUUGUUAGAAACUGUAUGGGUUUGCAACUUUCUGAGCAGGUGAGUUUGAAUAUGGAUAUGACAGAAUAAUGAUAACUAACGUUAGUCUCUUUAAUACUAAAAUAAACUAGUCCUCUGUUUCACGGACUUUGGUAAUUUAACAUAAA